AUGCUCAAGGAUUCCGAAACCACUAUCGGUAUGGCUGAAGGUUGCUUCGGGGAAAAUUCAGACGAUAACAGCACAGAACGACCAACUCCAACUGACGACCAACGGACUCAAGACCUCAAAAGCCCCAGCAUCUCCGUUAUGCCAAUAGAAGUGCAACCUCGGCCAACACUGUUCCGCCUAGCCUCUGACGUGACUAGCCAGCCACAUGAACGUCUGAUUGACAGAUCCUCAGUGAUGACAUCGAGACGGUCCACAUUUGCCGAGAGCUCUGCUGAAAUGGCAAUACGCAAGCGGUCCUGCAUGCUGAGCAGUCUGAUGGUGAUGGACGUGACAACAGAUCCGCUUUAUUUACCGUCAACCAAGUCGGUUAUGCCUGCCUGGGAUACCAGUUUAUCCGGUCAAGUGAACGAGUUGACAACAUUAGUGGGCUUUCCAUCGAAGGCGGAAGAAGGAGCAAAAGGAAAAUUGACUGAUGCUGACGACGAAGAAGAAAAAAUAUCGACUCAGCCUCUUGAUGGGGAGCCGCCAGCCCCUGAGUACGACGAAAUCGAGGGCUGGGAACAAGGAAAUGAAUCUAUCGGUUAG